CAGUCUCCUCUCCCAGGAAGGUUUAAAGGAGGUUCUUCAACAAUUGGAAUGCCACUUUACAUGGAUGUUGCAGAAGGAGGAUAUCGAUCCCGAUGAAUUGGAGGAAAGAAUUGUUGAGCAGAUCCAGUUCUUAAGCAGCAAAUCCAAAGUUCAAAAUUACAACCUGCUCACCUACGUGAAAUUCCUGAAUGAUAAGAAGGACGAAGCACUGGAAUACUUACAGAAAGCGGAAGAGGCUGUGCCCGUAGAGUACCCUGGGGAAGUGGAAAAGGAAAGCCUGGUUACGUGGGGCAACUACGCCUGGGUGCACUACCACAUGGACAAUCUUACUGAAUCCCAAGCCUACGUGAAGAAAAUAGAGAGCAUCUGCAAGCAACCUGGAAGUGAGUCUCCUUAUAAGAUGGAGCUCCCACAGAUC